UACACUUGCCUUACGAUCCCUUCUUCUUUCUCACCCCCACUCCCCAAGAACAGCGCGUGCAGUUCAAACCCCGAGUUUCCAUUCCCCAAUUUCCAUAAUGGCGCUACUAGUGGAGAAGACAACCUCCGGCCGCGAGUACAAGGUCAAGGACAUGACUCAGGCCGAUUUCGGCCGACUCGAGCUCGAACUCGCCGAGGUCGAGAUGCCGGGACUCAUGUCCUGCCGCACCGAGUUCGGCCCGUCUCAGCCGUUCAAGGGCGCCAGGAUCACCGGCAGCCUCCACAUGACGAUCCAGACCGCCGUCCUCAUCGAAACCCUAACCGCCCUCGGCGCCGAGGUGAGGUGGUGCUCCUGCAACAUCUUCUCCACCCAGGACCACGCCGCCGCCGCCAUCGCCCGCGACAGCGCCGCCGUGUUCGCCUGGAAGGGGGAGACCCUCCAGGAGUACUGGUGGUGCACGGAGCGCGCCCUCGACUGGGGCCCCGGCGGCGGCCCCGAUCUGAUCGUGGACGACGGCGGCGACGCCACCCUGCUGAUCCACGAGGGCGUGAAGGCCGAGGAGGAGUUCGAGAAGACCGGCAAAUUGCCCGACCCGAGCUCCACCGACAAUGCCGAGUUCCAGAUUGUUCUGACGAUCAUCAGAGACGGGCUUAAAACCGACCCCAAAAGGUACGCCAAGAUGAAGGAGAGAUUGGUCGGAGUUUCGGAGGAAACCACCACCGGAGUUAAGAGGUUGUACCAGAUGCAGCUCAACGGCACUCUGCUCUUCCCUGCUAUCAACGUCAACGACUCCGUCACCAAGAGCAAGUUCGACAACUUGUACGGGUGCCGCCACUCACUCCCCGACGGUCUCAUGAGAGCCACCGACGUCAUGAUCGCCGGAAAGGUCGGCGUGGUCUGCGGUUACGGAGACGUCGGAAAGGGUUGCGCAAUCUCCCUCAAACAAGCUGGGGCCCGCGUGAUCGUGACCGAGAUCGACCCCAUCUGCGCGCUGCAAGCCCUCAUGGAAGGGUUCCAAGUCCUCACCCUAGAGGAUGUCCUCUCCGAAGCCGACAUCUUCGUCACCACCACCGGAAACAAGGAUAUCAUAAUGGUCGACCACAUGAGGAAGAUGAAGAACAACGCAAUCGUCUGCAACAUCGGCCACUUUGACAACGAGAUCGACAUGCACGGCCUCGAGACUUUCCCCGGAGUGAAGAGAAUCACGAUCAAGCCACAAACCGACCGAUGGGUUUUCCCCGACACCAAAUCGGGUAUUAUCAUUCUGGCGGAGGGUCGCCUGAUGAACUUGGGUUGUGCGACGGGUCAUCCUAGUUUUGUGAUGUCGUGCUCGUUCACCAACCAGGUGAUCGCACAGUUGGAGCUCUGGAACGAAAGGAAGAGUGGCAAGUAUGGGAAGGAGGUUUACGUGUUGCCGAAGCAUCUUGACGAGAAAGUUGCGGCGCUUCAUCUCGGAAAGCUUGGUGCUAAGCUGACUAAGCUUACUAAGGAUCAGUCCGAUUACGUUAGCAUUCCUGUCGAGGGUCCUUACAAGCCACCUCACUACAGGUACUGAGACGAUAAAAUGUCGAAUUUGGAAGAGAAUUUAUUUAUAUACUUCGAUCCGUGUUAUUUGUUUUCUAUUUUUUUUUUUCCUUUCCUUGAAUCAUGUUUAGUGAUUUGGGAGUUCGUUUGAUGACCGAAAUAAGUUCGAUAGCAAUCGGGUCGUCCGGUUUUUUUUUUUUUUUUUUUAUCGAAGUGUAUUUUGCUACGGCUAUAUUGUAUUUGCUUUCUGGCAUCUGUUUUUUUUUCGGUGAAAUGAUAUAUUAUAUAGUACCAAGAAAUGUUUCCGUUGUGGUGUUUGUGAUGGAAAAUUUUAA